UUCCGUUUUUUCUGUACAUUUUUGAUAACUUUUCCUUACUUUUCAGGAAUCAGGACAACUACGAAGUAGUUCGAAAAAUCGGUCGCGGAAAAUAUUCGGAGGUCUUUGAAGGAAUUCGCGUACCGACUGGUGAGAAAUGUGUGAUAAAGAUUCUGAAACCGGUGAAGAAGAAGAAGAUUAAGAGGGAAAUCAAAAUUCUCCAAAACCUAUGCGGAGGGACUAACGUGGUAGAGUUGUAUGAUGUUGUAAGAGAUCCCAACUCGAAGACUCCUAGUUUGGUAA